AUGGGUGGACGGAUGAGAAACCUGUGGCAUCUCCUGCUGUCAGUCCAGCCAUCCAGAGCGCUGGUGGAUGAAAAGUUCAGUGUUCGAGUGCAGAACGCGCUGCCUGCUCAGUGGCUGACCGUGCACGCCCUCCUGCACUCAGAGGACGGAGACGACUGGGAGGCGUUCGGUCACUACGUCACGGAUGCUGGUGGGGACGUGAACGUUACCAAAGACCCCAGUCUGGGAGGAACAUAUGUUGGGGUGGAACCGAUGGGUUUGUUGUGGAGCCAGAGGCCGGUGCCAGGCAGCAGACCAGGGCUCCGGUUCACGAAGCGGGAUGUCCAGACUCCCACGCAGGUGAGGCUCUCGGUGUACCAGGGUCACCAGUCGGAGGGUUUCAUGGAUCGGGCGGUGCUGGCCAGUGUGAUGGUGGAGCGUUGGUACAUGGCGCCUGGCGUCCGAAGAGUCAACAUCACGGAGGGCGGAGUCACCGGGACCCUCUUCCUGCCUCCAGGGCCUGGACCGUUCCCCGGCUUGUUGGACCUGUGGGGCGGCGGCGGUUUGGUGGAGUACCGCUCAGCGCUACUGGCCUCUCAUGGUUUUGCCUCUCUGACCCUGAACUACCUGAAACCAGUUCAGGUGAAGAAUGAAUACUUUGAGGACGCCUACAGAGUGCUGCAGCAGCACUCUCAGGUCUGCAGGCGCAGGAUCGGAUUGGUGGGACUUUCCAGUGGCUCCUCUAUGGCUCUGAGAACUAUUUACUCCAAUGUGAUCCAGCCCAGAUGCCUGGUGUGUUUGAGUGCGACUCAUGUCCAACCAGUGGGAGGAACUAUAGCUGAUUUUUUCUAUAAAAUUGAAGAAAACUUGAAGAAAUCACACUACAACGAAGAGAACCAACUGAUCGGGCGUAAUGUUUUGCUGCCCAUGCCAACCGACACCAGCAAGAAAGUGGAUGUGGGCCGGCUGCAGUGUCCUCUCCUGCUGGUUGUGGGCGAGGACGAUCAGAGCUGGCCUGCAUCUGAAUCUGCAGACGAUAUGAGGGAGAUGAUGGAGCGAGCUGGGAACAGCCACCUGCUGACCGUCCUGUCGUAUCCCAGAACCGGUCACCUGAUCGAGCCGCCGUACAGCCCACACUGCCGGGCCAGCAAGUUUAACGCACCUACUAUCAGUCCAAACAAAUUCAUGAUACUGUGGGGCGGAGAGGUGGCGCCGCACUCCCACGCUCAGGAAGACGCCUGGAGGAAGAUGCUGGACUUCCUGAGGGAGAAUCUUUACUGCAGCGCCGACUGAGCCACAACAAUCUGCCACCAACGCAUUUCUGCUGCCAGAUC